ACAGUUAGUAAGACAUAGAUUUUAUCCUGUCGAGAUGCCCCGUUAUGUUGUGGUAAACAUAAUUUACAUGUAGUGCUUAAACAAUUAUUAAAAUGUUUUCAAUGGAUCCUGAAGAGAGUGAAGAGAAAGUUAAAACUCGAGGUGUUAUAAAGACAGCAACUGAUUUGCAAAGAUUGAAAUUGGAAAAAUUAAUGAUGAAUCCGAAUAAGCCAAUUGUAAUACCUGAGAUUUCCAAAGAAAAAGGUUAUAAUCAAAUAGCACCAUCCUUUGUUCGCAAUGUUAUGGGAUCUAGUGCUGGUGCUGGUUCCGGUGAAUUUCAUGUGUAUCGCCAUUUGCGGAGAAAGGAAUAUUCUCGACAAAAAAAUAUACAAGCAAUGAGUAUCAAAGAGCAGCAAGAUCAAGAAUUUCAAAGAAAGCUUGAACAAAAUAAAUGUAUCGCACAGGAGAGAACAGCUAAAAAAAGAGCAAAACGGUUAAAAAAAAAAGAACGAGCAAAAAAAAGAUCUGGCAAAGAGGAAAUUCUAGAAGACAAAAUGGAUCUGGAGAAAAAUUACUAGCUAUUUAUGUAAUUAAUGUUAUAUAAACGUAAAAUCAUGGACUGAUUAUUAUUAUAUUAGUUGGAUGCCAGCUCAUUGCAUGUAAAUUCUAAAAAUUUUACCAACUAGGUUAUAAUAAUAUGAAAGAUAGAAGUAAUAAAAAAACAACAAUGUUAA